CCAGCUUCUGCCUCGCCGGAAUGUCGUACCUGACGCCAGCCAAGAUCUCACUGCUCGCGGUGAUCGAUGUCUACGUGUCGGGGGUGGUUCCUGACGAGGCGGCGGUCCCGUUGUUGAGCUUUGUCGGCUCACACAUUCACAGCAGCCUCUCUGCCACCCCCCUCCCGGGCGCUUCUUCAGUCGACCGUUGGGAAAAGGCGGCGGCCGCCACGGCGGUUCUGACGUCGAUACAAGAAUUCGAGCAUAUCCUGUCCCCCCUCUCCUUCCUCCUUUUCCUCAAAAAGCUGUGGCAGAUCGACUCGCUCGAUGCCCUGCAUCGCUUCCUGACUGAUGACCCGCGACUGCUGCUUGCACCGACCCGCGAGGAGCUUCGGCUGGCUGCUGAGAACGGCGAGGAGCUGCCCUCCGAUGAUGCCGUGCGCCUAGCGCCCAACUCCCCCUUUGGUAACUUUGUGCGGCGCGCCCAACUCGAGUUCUCGCGUCUCUCGUUCCAAAAGGCCACGGAGCUGUGGGCUGGCUUUGUCAAGUACCGUCAACCCACGGCGGCUGCCUAUUGGACGCGAAGAAACUCGGGGAUUGGCGGCCUCGCCUUUGACAGCGUGCUGCUGGCCGGCCAGCAUGAGUGGGGCCCCGCCGUGCACGACGUCGCCCAAGUCGUCUACGGCGGCCUGGGUCGCCAUCUCCAAGGAGGCCCUCCCGGCCUGGGUCGCCAUCUCCAAGGAGGCCCUCCCGACGCCAGCACAGAGGACAUUGAGUUUCUGCUCGAGUUUCAGGUCAACCAGAUACAAACAUAUGGCUGCCGCAUACCUCCAGCUGUUGAGCGGCAUUAUCGAGAACUGCUCGCUGGAAGUGCCAUGAUCCCCAGCUUGUCACACUACGUCAGUUUCCUAGAAGCAUGGAGAUCGGGCGACUACCCAACAUCCUUCGACUACCUUCACCGUUAUUUUGACUACACAAUGCAGAACAGGGAUCGUCUCUUUUACCAGUAUGCGUUGCUGAACCUGGCGAUUCUGCAGGCCGACUUUGGCAGCCACAAAGAGGCCGUCUUGACCAUGCUGGAGACGGUGUCGACUGCGAGAGAAAACAGGGACGACGCCUGCCUCAACUUCUCUCUCAACUGGCUCUUCCAGUUUGGCCGAGCUCGUCCACAGCUUGUGCGCGAUCUCGAGUCGGGCAGUAUGCUAGGAGUCGGCAAAGAGACUCUAAGUUUCCUACGCGUCAAGGCCAAGGAGGUCAACUGCUGGCCCCUCUGGAGCUCCGCUCUGCUCAGCGAGGCCAAGCUGUCUCUCUGCAAUGGUGAAAGCAUUGCCACGGCCGUCAAGUUUAUCAUGGCCAGCUCGCGCAUAGUUGUCGAGCACAACCUUUGGGGCGCCAUGGGCGCCCAGCUGUCCCUCACGACCGCUCUCUGGGACCGCCUAGGGCUCGCGUUCCUAUCCCGCACCAUGUGCGAAGUCUUCUUGCGCGUCCAUGCCCGCGGUGCCAUGUUCGAAGACGAGCUCAAGGUCACUUGCUGUCUCGCGGGCCUGCUCGUCGCUCGCGGUCACUAUGACGAGGCCAUUGCGCGUUUGGAUGCCCUCGAUCGUGACCCCCUCCGCUCGUGGAAGGUGGGCCGACACUGGUCGCGCUUCCGCGGACUCAUCCGUCUCCGCCGUGAAUUGCAUCGCGGUGACCUCGACGCUGCCGAUCACUUUAUUUCUCAGCUGGUGCAGUCGUCAAAGCCAGACGAAAACGAGCCCGACAUGACCUUUAUCGUCGAUUCACUACACGUCGAAGCUCUGACGCGCCGUGGCGAGCUUGCCGCCGCCCUGGAAAUGACCAAUGUCAGACUUGGCGAGCAACGCGAUCAGGGCCGUGAUGUCUGCUUGCGCGUGCGCCUGCUGCUCGCCCGAGCCGGUUUGCACGACCGCGCCGGUCGCUCGCGCAAGGGCUUUGUACUUGCACUACGUGCUGCCUCGGCUGCCUGGCGCGCCCGCCUGUUGCCUGCGCUCUGGCUUUCUCUGGGCUCGCUGGCCAAUAUCCUCGUUUCGCUUGGCGAAUUCUCCGAGGCGGCUAGACUGCUCGGCGAGAUCAUCCCCCGCGCCCUCGAGUGCGACGCCGCUUUCAUGGCUGGAACGCUGUACCUGACGCUCGGUGACGCCUUUACGGGGCUGGCUGGCGAGCUUUCCGAGGGCGCACUUCUUCUCACAGCACACAUGUGUCCAUCCGUCCACCCGGGGCAAGAGUCGUCAACCGCAGGGGGCCGGCCGGACACGCGUGUAGGUGCAGAGAGCGUCACCUUGUUGCCAACCCUCAGCACGACAACUCUAGCCGGCAGCAAGCAGUCACGAACCAAAGAACAGCAGAUGCUGGAGCUAUCGGCGAGCGCAGCCGAGGCGUUUGAGCGUGCGUAUUCUUGCUUUGAGGCUAUUGAGGACACGGUGAAGCAGUGCGAGACGCGUGCCAAACAGGCCACCAUUAUGAGGAUGGUCGGUGACCAAGGGCGGGCCGAAGACUAUGCUUCCAAGUACCUUGUAUUGCGGGCGACAGGGAGGUGAACGGGGGGAUGGUGAGGAGAGUACGGAGCCGUAUUGCAAGGGAAAUAUUGUAGGAGUGAGGGUGGGUGCAGUUGGUGUAAUCGGUGCAGUCGGUGCACGCGGUCGGUAUAAUCGGUGCAUGCGGUGCAGAUUGGUGCACGCUGUCGGUACUAGGUGAGGAUGGCGCCGAGAGAUGAACAAUGAAAUUGCAUUGCUUUCCUGCUCCCAUACUUGAAGCCCGGACGCCGCUCUGGACACGCCAGGACAGCCGUGG